AAAAGGAGGACACGAGUCCCAAAAAACUAGAGGCGAAAAAUCACAGGUGGAGGGGAAGGCUUCCAUCGCGUCACGAACAAGUAUAAAUAAAUUAACUAAAUACCUUCCCAUUUCGUUUUCUGCCUGAAAUCUGUAUAUUCACAUUGAAUCAUUCCCCUUUCUUCGUUUCUCCUCCUAAAUUUCUGAAUUAUCCGCAGUUUGAUUAGGUCAAGAAUUCAAUCAUUCAUCAUCAGCAGCAAUUCCAAUAUUGUUUCUCUAUGAGGGCAUCCGGUAGUGUCUGCCUUCGAUUCUAAUUCCAUCAAAAGCACCAAAAAAAGAGGGGAAAAAGGAUUUUUAAAAUAUUUUUGUAAUUCUAAUAAUUGCUUCUUCAAUGCGGUCGUUUGUUUCAACAUCGAAGGCAAUUAGGCGUUUAGUUACGCAUCGCCACGUGUUCAAACAAAGAGCGGGGAUUGAUAAUUGUGGUUGGGGAUUAGGGAAUAAUGUUCAAGUUCGAUGCUCGAGUGGCAUUGCUGGUGUUCCUUCAUUUGUUCCUGGUUGUUAUGAUGCUGGUAGCAAGCUCAUUAAGCCUUCAUCGUCGUCGUUGGGAGAAGUUUAUAGGAUUGGGCCUUUAAUUCAAAGCAGAGGAUUUUUAGGCUGCGGUGAUGGGGAAGAGGGGAAUAUGUUAUCCAAAGUACACGAGGAGAGGCGUGUCUUGGGAUACUCUCCAGAGCAGUUAUAUGCUGUAGUUGCUGCUGUUGACUUGUACGAGGAUUUCCUCCCCUGGUGCCAAAGGUCGGAGAUUUUAAGACGCCAUCCAGAUGGAUCUUUUGAUGCUGAGCUAGAAAUUGGCUUCAAAUUUCUCGUCGAGAGUUAUGUGUCUCAUGUGGAACUAAACAAACCAAAAUAUAUCAAGACAACUGCUACCGAUACUGGCCUUUUUGAUCAUUUGAUUAACAUCUGGGAGUUCAACCCUGGACCAAUUCCAGGAUCUUGUAACCUUCACUUUUUGGUGGAUUUUAAGUUUCAAUCUCCAUUAUAUCGACAGGUAGCAAACAUGUUCUUUAAGGAGGUAGUCUCUAGACUAGUUGGUUCAUUCCAUGAUCGUUGCCGUGUAAUAUAUGGACCAGGGGUUCCGGUUCAUAAAAAUACAUAUCAACAGAGGGCAUGAAGAGCGAUGUUUGGUUUGUUGAUGAAAUGAAAACAUGAGGGACCAGUUCAAUUUUCCAAGGACCAGUUGGUCCUAUUGCAUUCUAAUUCUUGAGUUAAUUCAAAACUUGAGAAAGUGCUGAUUCAGCCUCCCUGGUAUUCCCAGUUUUCUCAAUAUUACUAAAUUUACUUCUUUUGGUUUCUUCUGACGGGAAUACGUUGGGGCCGGAAAUGUAACUGUUCUGAUUAUGCCAUUUCUUUGUACCAUAUUACCUCAACCAUUACAUCAGUUCAUAAGGUAUUCUGCUAAUGUUUUUAGAAGCUUCUGUGGAAGGAUAAAUGUUCCUUUAAUUUAUGUUAAAGGUAUAGGGAUGCUAUUAGUCUAUGUAACAUACACUUUACUUCUAUUAUGAAAUUUAAUAAUUGGGCCUA